AUGUCAGAAGAUGAGUAUUACAUCUCUCCUCAUGAAACAGCGCUAGCAGUAGUCGCCACGGCGAUGAAGAAAGCGAGACUUACACUGACAACUUUAGCGCUGAAUUCAUUGGCUGGCGGCGUUCUCUUCAGCACUGGUGGAUUGCUCUAUACAUCAUGGCACGGGUCAAAUCAGGCGAUACUAGAAAAUGAUCCUGGUGUUCUGAAUUUCUUGGGGGCCUUCACGUUCUCUAUCGGGCUUUUCUAUGUUGUAAUUAAUGGUACGGAUCUGUUCAACUCCAAUAUUUUGUUCUUUUCUGUGGCUGCCCUCCGCGGCGCUGUGUCAAUUUAUGACCUGCUGAUAAGUUGGACUGUUAGCUGGAUAGGCAAUUUUACGGGCACGCUCUUUGUCGUUUAUGUUAUGUGCCAUUUGUCAGGAACCACAAGUUCUGCUGAUUUGGUAUCUUUCACGCACCAGAUGGUCGCUAAAAAAGACUCAUCAAGCUUCAUUCAGACCUUUAUCAAAGGUAUUGCAGGCAACUUCUAUGUUAGCCUCGCUAUCUAUCUUCAGUUAAUGGCCAAACCGCUGCACGUAAAAUACCUCAUGAUGACGCUGCCUAUUUUUACGCUUGUUGCAGCUGGCUUUACUCAUGUGGUAGCAGAAAUGUUUCUCUUAAUGGUUGGAAUGUUCAAUGGUGCUGAACUGUCAAUUGGUACAUUUGUGUGGAAACAUAUGGUUGCGGUGACUUUAGGCAAUAUCAUUGGUGGCAGUGCAUUCGCUCUCGUCAUUCCUUACUACCUGCACCUAGUAGUAGUUGAACAGGACAGAAAACGCUUGGCUUUACCUAGCUACGAAGCCAGAGACGAGCAACCUGAAAUCAACAUGGAUUCUAGGGUUGUGAGGGUUCCUACUCAGGAGGCAGAAAAGGUUGAAGAGGAGGCAGAGGAGAACGAAGAGAUGACUUCUGAAGAAAAGGCCAACCUCGAACUAGCAAGCAGCGAUUCCUCAGCUGAAGAUCGAAAAGCUGCUCCUCCUGUCGAAUAUAGACCAAGACUUUCGAGUACAAGCCUUUCCAGGACGUAUAGCAACUUGCGGCGGCUAAAUACUAACAAGUCCUACUCUAGUGUGCGCUCCGUCAAGUCGCUCCCCCACAGGACACCUACUGGCGUCUUUCCCGUUAAAGGAAUGGCAUCUCCAGUGAGAACAAAUUCAGGGAUACCGCCACAAAAACGCGAGGAAUCUCAAGGACUUGGAAGAUUUAGUCGACCACUUAGCCGCCGAAGUUCUCAAACUUCUUCCCUGCGGCUCUCUAAAACCCUUGGUUCUUCUAGACGGAACUCAAUUUCUGUUUUACAGAGGCCAGGCGGGGCGUUCGCUCAUAGGUCCAAAUCUCUCCCCCAUAUCGGACUUGUGGGUGAACGCACUCAUUUCGGCACAAAUGACGUAUUAGAGGAGAAAAUGGGUACUAAGCUUGAGAGGGCGUUGACGCGGAUAACUUCCCGGGUUUCGCGUGAGGGCAGGAAUAGCCCUGGGUUUGGACUCCCGUCCACCACUCAGGACAUAUUUCCUACAAGCACAGGGCUGGGUCUGCAUGAGUCAGACGCGACCGCAUCGUUUUCAAUGGAUGAUCAUUCUUCUAGCAGUAUGCUAGAUGGGUUGCCGGCGAAUGGGAGGAGAUCACGUACCCCUUCGAUACAAAAAACCAGCAUUCAGGAUCUAUAUCUCAAACCUAGUACUAGUGAUAACCUUUCAGGGGCUAUAAAUGAGACAUCCGGCAGUAAGAGCCCUCCAACCCAGCCACAGGGCAAAAAUUCUCCAAGUGAUGGCACUUCUCAAAAAAGUACAAGUUCACGCAGCAUUCCGACCAUUCGAAGGCCCUCAAGCAUAUAUGUGCCAGACGCUGUUGACCAGAGGAACUCAGUUUACAACGCCGGAUACAAAAAUACUCUAUUGAGGAAUCAUAUGACUCCUGAUAAUGACUACGAUGAAGAACAAAGCAUCAAAGACGCCUGA